CAGAAGAUUACCUUGAUACACUUCGUAUACCGUACUCCCGCCAUCUAAUUCUGAAAUGACUUGGAAGCGUGUUGACAGGAUAGAUCAGGUGACCAGGAACAGCCAUGGGAUGUGGCGUCUCAAAAAACAGCCCGUUUCUCCACCAGAAGUCAGACAAAGGAGCCCUUGUACCAGCCGCCACAUCGAUGAAGGCGGCUGUGUUGAUCCAGCGCUGGUACCGACAGUAUGUGGCUCGGAUGGAGAUGAGGCGCAGAUACACCUGGAACAUCUUCCAGUCUAUUGAAUAUUCUGGGGAACAGGCCCAGAUUAAGCUUUACAAUUUCCUUGGCUACCUCAUGGACAAUUUCACACCCUGUAGCUCUGAGCGAAAACUGAUCUCCCGCAUCUUCCGGGAGAACGAAGUGUGUCGGGAUGUGGAGUGGGAGCGGCAUUUCUGCUACAAAAACAUCGACAUCCCCGAUAUCUACUCAGGACCUCACCUCACCUUCCCUUUGGACGUCAACCAGGCAGCUGGCCUUGUCGAUGCCUUCAGGAACAAGAGACAGCUCCACUCUCGGUAUGUUCUGCAACUCCUCCUGGAAACUUGGAAGCUUCUCCGUAGUCUGCCAAACAUCAGCCGGAUCUCCACCUGCAACAGCAAGGAAAUUACCAUCUGUGGUGAUCUACAUGGUCAACUGGAGGAUCUGCUUUUGAUCUUCUACAAGAAUGGAAUGCCGUCCAUGGAGAAGCCAUACGUGUUUAAUGGAGACUUUGUCGACCGAGGCAAAGACUCCAUCGAGAUUCUCCUCAUCCUUUUCUCCUUCCUGCUGCUGUAUCCCAGCGACGUCCACCUCAACAGGGGAAACCACGAAGACCACAUUGUCAACUUGAGGUAUGGCUUCACUAAGGAGGUCCUGGGGAAAUACAAGAUGCACGGCAAACGGAUUCUGAAGCUUCUCCAGAAGAUCUUCAGCUGGUUGCCCCUGGCAACAGUGAUCGACCAGAAGGUGUUGAUCUUACACGGAGGGAUCUCUGACACCACAGAUCUCAGCGUUUUAGCCCGGGUGGACAGGCACAAGUACGUGUCAGCUCUGAGGCCUCCUAAGAAGAGGUUCCCAUGCGCAGUGGCCCAGUUGUCUGUGGACUCUGACAUCGACGAGGACCCGCUGCUUCCCAAGAGCAACCAGCGACGGGUCUCCCUCGCCGACCCCAAGCCCUUCCCCGAUCGCGACAGCUUCCAGCGCCGGUCGCUCCAGGACUUCUCCGACCGGAUCAACCGGACGGCACAAGAGGAGGCGGAGCUCCAACGGCGCCAGGCCGAGUUGGCGUCGGUGUCGUCGGACGCCUCCACGGACUCCACCGACCUCCAGGAAGGAAACUCGGAGUGGAGACAGAUCCUAGACUUGCUGUGGAGUGACCCUAUGCCCCAGAACGGCUGCAUGCCCAACGAGGUGAGGGGAGGGGGCUGCUACUGGGGGCCAGACGUGACGGAGGACUUCCUCGCUAAACACCACCUGCAGCUCAUCAUCCGCUCACACGAGUGCAAGCAGGACGGCUACGAGUUCUGCCACAACCGCAAGGUGUUGACUUUGUUUUCGGCCUCUAACUACUAUGAGGUGGGGAGUAACAGGGGGGCUUAUGUGAAACUGGGACCAGACCUGGUGCCUUAUCUGAUCCAGUAUCAGGCCAGCCUCCUGACACGGGAACUGUCCGUGAGGCAAAGUGUGGGCCGCACGGAGCAUUCAGCCCUCAAGGUUCUACGGGAGCAGUUGUUUUCACACAAAUCUGACCUCAUCUGUGCCUUCCAAGAGUAUGACACUGAAAACACAGGCCUGGUGUCUCUUAACGACUGGGUAAAUGCCGUGGAGAGUGUGAUGCGUCUGGGCCUGCCCUGGCGAAUGCUACGCUCUCAGCUGGUUACCUGCAAAACAGCCACCACCAUGCUGGACUACCACGAAUGGUUCCAAGAACUCGCCAUUAACGAGCCGAGCAUGGAGCACAUUGAGCAGGGUCUGCUGCAAACCCUAUACCGACAUCGGUCCACCCUUGAAACCAUCUUCCGGAUUGUGGACACAGACAAUUCUGGCUUCAUCACCAUGGAGGACUUCCGACAAACGUGGAAGCUGCUGAGCGUCUACCUCAAGAUGGAGAUCACCGACGACGCCAUCACUGACCUGGCCAUCACCAUCGACGUGAACCAAGACGGGAACAUCGACAUCGACGAGUUCAUGGAGGCUUUCCGCGUGACGGACAAGAAGAGCCGUCUGGAGAGAGGACGCAGCAUGUUCAUGGGAACCGCCACUGACCUCACCAAGCUGGAGGGGGAUCCAAACAUAUGACGUGUGUUUGUGUUUGUGUGUGUGUGAGAGAGAGAGAGAGAGAGAGAGAGAGAGAGAGAG